AUGCUUAUCUUUCUGUUAUUCACAUCAUUUACGGUGGCUGAGAAUGAAACAUUGCAUUUCGAUGAGCACAAUCCGAGGAUUUUCGACCCACCACCGAGAGAACAUUUGGCCGAUUCUCGUUUCUGUCGGCAAGAAUGGUGGAUGAAAAACGACUCGACAUUCAGCUGUUUUGGAGCAAAAUUCGUGAAAAGCGAUGGAUUUUUUCAACCGUGCAAUCAGCAUUCUCAUUGUUACGAGUCGAGAGAGCCGACAGAUUGGUGCAUUUUGUCGUACGGAUAUCGGUGGAGUAAUUGGGGUUGUCAUUGCGACAAGAAGUUCAACUCGUGUGUGAUCGAGCGAUGGAAUGGUUAUGGACGACAAAUGGAAUGGGGGUACUGUACUCCGAAAAAAGAAUUCCACUGUGACCCAGAGCAAAUGAAACGAAAAGAACGCGUUGAUGCCUACUUGAUGAGAAUGAAAGGA